AUGCUGCAUGGCGUCCUUACAUCCCCUCUUCUCUCUUUUGCCGCGGCUGCCUGCGGCUGCUGCUGCUUUUCCUAUGGUGUGUUCCGGCGGCGAGACAGACAGCUGCAGCAGAAGAGGGUUGCUGCUGCUGCAGCAGCAGCAACAGCAGCGUUAGCAACUCCUGGCCCAGCGCAGCAAGGGCCUUUAAGCGAAAGCCAACUGCAGCGAUUGAUGAAGCAAUGCCAGGUCGCCACUCCCAGCAGCAGCAACUACAAGAGUAGCAGCAACAGCAGCGAAGGUAGCAGCAGCGACAUCUGCAGUGACUUACUGCAUGUCGCAGCAGCGGCUGCAGCUGCCGCAGCAGCUGUCGGCAGCAACAGCAGCAGCGGUCCUAGAGGAGGCGUCGCCUCCAGGAGCAGUAGCGACGAUAGCAGCAGCAGGACCAACAGCAGCAGCAACAGCAACAGCGAUAGCAGGAACGAGUACUGCAUUGGCCUUGUAGAAUCAGCAGCAAUUGUAUCUGACCCCCAAGGCCCAUCCCGCUUCCUCCAAAAGGGGAAGAGAGGAAAUAAAUAUCUGCUGCUCACCUACACCUGCCCAUACACCCCAAACAAUCAGGAGCAGCAGCAAGAGCAGCAGGAGCAUGAACAAGAGGACGCGGAGGGUCACGUGUCGGGCCACCUCAAGCUGUACCUUCCGAAGGCGAAGCAUUCCAAGAAAGUUGCAGCGGCACCAGCAGCUACAGCUACAGCAGCAGGUUGCAGUGUACGUGUGGGGCCAAUUGAAGAUAUUUGUUGCGAUGUGCAUGCAGGAGAUUUGUUGCUUUUUCAAUUAAACCCUAGACGCCAAUUAAAACCCCUCAUUCUGUGGUCUACCCACCAAACCCUAGAUGCCAACCCUAACACACCGUCUUCAAACCCCCAGGGGGCCCCCGAGGGGGCCCCACAAGGUACAGGGGCCCCUGAGGCCUUCCCCGACAUUGUUGGGGCCCCCAGAGGGGCCCCAAAUGGCAAAGAGAGAAAAGCAGCAGCUGUAGAAAUGGGGGCUCCCAAUGGGUCCUCCGAAGGGCGGAAGGGGGCCCCCAACAAUGUGUGUGAAGGGGGGGGCCUAAAGGGUACGUUUGGGGUUUGGGGUGAAGGCAGCGGGGGCUCAGGAGUCCCCGAGUUCGCAGUUGGGGCUUCGCUGAUGCUGCUGGGGGCCCUCAAAAUAUCCCUGCGCACUGUACUUAAAAGGGUUUAG